AUGUUCCCUUCAUCCGUUGUUUUGUUCGGUUUAAUUUUGUCUUCAUUUCAUUGUGUAAACAGUACACCGUUAUUUAAAAGAGUGCUGGACAUGUUUCACGGAGGCGCCGAAGGAAAAGACACAACGCACGAGCGAAGCAAGAAUAAUAUCGAUAUCGCAAAUGUGGAAGAGUUUAAACAUCAUGAUUACGAGGAGAUGACCUGGUUUUUGAAGUACUUUGCUACGAAGUACUCGAACAUAACGAGACUCUACAAUAUUGGAUACAGUGUUCAGAAUCGCAAGUUGUGGGUUAUGGAGAUUUCGGAUAAUCCUGGAACACACGAGCCGGGCGAACCUGAAGUCAAGUAUGUAGGUAAUAUUCACGGUAACGAGGCAUUAGGCAGGGAAUUGUUACUACAGCUGAUUAAAUAUCUUUGUGAAAACUAUGUGGAUAAUACCGAGACUAAGGGAUUAGUUGACGCAACUAGGAUCCAUAUUCUACCUAGUAUGAACCCAGAUGGGUACGAAAUGGCGGCCGUGCGUGGAAAAGGAAACAAACUGACUGGAAAGAGGAAUGCGUAUGGAAUCGAUUUGAAUCGAAAUUUUCCGGAUCAAUUCUUUCCCAGUACCACUGGUCCGCCACAGGUGGAGGUGGAGGCGGUAAUGGACUGGAUCAAACAGUAUCCCUUUGUUCUUUCUGCUAGUCUACACAGUGGUGCGUUGGUAGCUCUGUAUCCGUAUGACGAUUCACCAUCUGGUCAAAGCCUUUACAGCGCCACACCUGAUGACGAUGUAUUCAGGCGAUUGGCAAAGUCUUACUCACAGGUAUAAUCUGUUGUUAGUUUGUAGACAAACCACUCUGCCGGUUUUAAAGAUUGGGUCAGGUACAUGGGCGGAAACAAGAGAUGGGCGGGCGCGAAAUACAUUAUUUCCACCUCAACUUCGACUUCAUACUUAGCUUAAGCAGUCUUUAUGCCAGAACUCCUUGUGUAUAAUGUAAACUUGCGGCUUGUCAUCCACCAGUGAAGAUGCGAAUGAAUCAGCCUCAAAUCCUUGGCCCUUUAAGAUAGAAUUUUUAAUCAGUAAGGCCCACUCCUAUUGUUUUCACAUUAGUAACCCUUUUCGUCAAGAAACUUACAUAAAAUUGUUGGGCUAAUUUACGUAUGGGAACUAGGUUCUCUAUUGGGUCGAAUCUUUAAAAUUGUUUAGUUUUAUGGUCCCUCUCUUCCACGGCCUUUUACAAAAAGGCCGGCGGGACCCAGCGAAGAGCUACCCUAAGCUAGGACACAUCGAUCAACAACUGAACAAAGGAGAUUCAGUUGUUAGCUGAUGUUAAACUCUUAUUAAGAGCCUUUUUAUAGCUACUGAUUUUUUUUAUUUUGACGAAUAACUCAUUAAAGAAGAAAUGCACGUAAUUAAAGUAAUAAAUAAAAGUAAACAUAAUUAUAGCAAUUUCCUCAGGUUUUUCAGAUCUGUGCCAAUAUACCACCGAAAAUUUGCGCUUUCACUAAUGAAAUAUAUAGAUUUAGCCAGGGCUAAGAGCGAAGCUCUGGUUAAUAAUACUUAUAAACAAAAAGAAUUAAAUCGUGUAUUGUUAAACGGAGACGACAAUGAAAAUGGUUUCAAGACUAAUAGAUCUAAUUAGCAAAAAAACAAAUCGCACGUGCAGCGCUCUUUUUCUUCUAAUUAGCAAAAAGAAAAUUUGCACGUGCAGCACAAUUUUUUGUCUUUCCCUUGCCGUUGUUUUGCACCACUACAACGCUGUUUUGUACGACUAAAACGUCAAACUUUCUAGUUACACAUUAUUUUUAUGGAGGAAUUGUCGUAUGUGUUUACCCAAUAUGUUGUUUCCUGUGUUCAUGUUCGCUUUUAUCUUUCACCGCCGCUCAUUUUCACCUUGCUGGCCGCUAGUAUUUCUCAUUUUCUUCCCGCCGCUUUGAAUUUCCAUGUUUUUCUCCCUACGAAAUUCGUCUCCUUUGUUUUCAAUAACUCGCUCUAGCUCUUUCUCUGUUAUCCACGUUAGUGUAAACAUAAAAAAAUAACGCCGAAAAAGACACGACUUUGUUGUUGUUUUUUUCUUUCUAAAAGUCCGGGCGGCCAUGUGAUUUCGUUCCAAAUAAAACCUUGAGUUGCAUUUGGGUUGCCAUACCUGUUGAUUGAGUUAUUUUACAUUGGUAUGCCUGUGGUGCGGACGGACGGUCGCUCGCUCGGUGUACGGUCACGUGAUUACCAAAUUUUCUUGGAUGGGUAGAUUACCACAUUUCCUUAGCUAUGGGGCUCCGCCCACUCGCGGCACGAAGCGUCGCCCGUGGAGCUCCGCUAAAAACGUUCGAAGCAAAUCACAUCUUCAUAUAGUUAUUCAUAAACGAAGGCAAAGAGCGCAAUAGUUCUUUUUUAGGUGUUUGAAUUUUGUUAGACACUGUAUUUUGCUAAUUAUUUAUCAGCAUAGAAUUUUGCUUUUAAUUGAUAUAGUAAUUUUUUUUGCUGAUUUUCAUAUCUAAUUAACAUAGCGGUGAUCUGAUUUUAUAAGCGAUUUAUGACCCCUCCACAAAUCAUUCAUAUAAUUUCAUUUAUUUUGUUUUUCAUUAUGAUCCAUUGAAUGCUGAUUAUAUUGUCAACAACGCUUUUUCUCAAAAGUGCUUUUAAUCAUCGCUUUCUCAGGAGCAUCCAGUGAUGCACUUGGCAAAUCCCAAAUGGAACUGUACAGAUCAAAAGGAAGAGCACUUCAUAGACGGCAUCACGAAUGGUGCCAGCUGGGCCAGCCUGUCUGGGGGUAUGCAAGACUAUAAUUACGUCAACUCAAACUGUUUUGAAAUAACGCUGGAACUCGGAUGCAAUCGGUUUCCAAAAAGCAGCGAACUAAAGAAAUACUGGCUGGAUAAUCGAAAGCCUCUGAUCGAGCUCCUACGACAGGUGAGACAUUUUUUUCUACCUUACAUGUUAAUUCUGUGUUGAGGUUUCGCAUGAAUAAUAGCGGCCAUGGUUAGGUGUUUUCUCGAAUAGCAUUAUCGUGCUGUUUUGGUGAUAUGACCCGUUACAUUUAAACAGAUGUUACGACAAAAUGGAGGUGCUUUAACUGUUGCAAUCGGAAAGGUAGAAAUUUUCGUGGUAAAAGCUGUUUAACAGAGGAACAUAACUAUGUAAGAAUUUAAACUAUAAAGACUUGUUAUGCCCAGACGUGUCAGGUUUUCCGUAGUCUAAAAGCGCAUGAAUUCGUAGGCACACCAAUUUAACCCUUUUCAUUUGUUUUGUUUCGAAGGUACAUUAUGGCGUGAGUGGAUUCGUCAAAAGCACAAAAGGCGUACCUCUCCCUGGUGCAACCAUCAGAGUGGCUGAUCGUCGACAUGACAUCACCUCCUCUAAGGAUGGAGACUACUGGCGCCUUCUCGUUCCAGGGUCCUACGAAAUUACAGCCUCAGCAGACGGGUACCAGCCUCAAACACGCCUGGUGGAACUACACGCGUUUGAAGGGCAUACAGUUAACUUCAUUCUAAAGCCAAAUCAGGAGGACACAACUCAAGCUUCGUACGGGACAAACGAAGAUGAGUUGUUGGAAAGAGUUAUGGCAAGUAUUGCCCUAAUAUUAGUUGUAAUCAAUUAUUUGAACUUUUCCAAGUAACGUAUUGGACAGUGUAGCGCAACGAUAAUGAGAAAGCUUUGUGCCACUGACCUUUUGUCAACAAUCUUUUUCUAAAACCUUUAAAGCGUUGGCUAUUGGGUUUUUGCUAAUAUGAACACCCUUGUGACUAGUGCAUCUUCAGUGGUUCGUGCUAUCAGUGAAGAAGGAGAUUAAAGGGAAUCGAAAUAUGUUCGUCAAGACUUCACAUCAUAUUUGGGUUAUUGGAAACUUUACCUUUCAUAGCCGCCGAAAAUAGCAGAGUGCUCCUCCCAGUGUAACUUAGGAGUAUGAAAAGUUAUAGUUAUAACUGUAUCUUGCGUUUAUCAAAAAAGCACAUACCUGGGACUAAUCGAGAUUACUUGUAACUUGCAGAUCUAACUCACUGGCUGACAAUAAAACUGUUCAUACCUUGACGAUGUCAAUUUUCCCUAAGCUACGGAACAGGCUCAGCCAGGAAUUUAAUACACUGCGCUUGUCUUGAUCAGGGGCUUCGUAGUCAAAGAUCAUGACAGAUGAUUGGACAACUGUUUUUCUUUUGUGACAGGCUGGUGGCUAUAUGACAGAAGAGACUCAGGCUGACGAUCCAAGGGAACGCAUUGCAAGACCAAGCCUCAAUGACAGAGAAGAACAGUCCCCGCACAAAUUUGUUAUGCAUCCCGGGAUGAACGACAGGUGUGUGGAUUUUAAGAAAUAUCAUUAAAGUUAGAGUAUUUCUAAAGGCCCCAAUUCGAGGACCACUCUAAAUUUACGCUUACUUAAGCUACAGAAGACCUCAUGCGCUUUAGCGAUUCCUUUUUUAGAAACAUUGACGCAAACGUAAGACCUCCUCUAUACACCUUAUUCUAAGAUGGAGGCAACUUUUGUCUUUAUUAUAAUUAGCCCUGGAUGUCUCCUUUCAAGGUGAGAUUUCUCUUGAAUUCUUCAGAAGAAAUCGAAGCAAAAAAGAGCUAACUAACAUAACUAUAAAGAAUAAGUAGUAUUGCUGCCAUUUUGGAACAAGGUGUAUUUCUGAUUUCAACAUCAUCCUUUCUAUUAAGUAAGGAUUCUCUAACUAGUAUCGAGAAAAGGCUGAAGACGCGCAACACAUUAAAGAACAAGACUGGAGGGUGAACAAACUCUUUCCCAGGGCCCUCUGGAACGGGAAGGGACGGAAAGAAGAGACCCUGGGAACGAGGCUUAAGAUAACGACUAACGAACGCCAACGACCGACGGCAUGAUGGACGGACGGACGGACGGGUGCGGAGACGGUGGGGUAUCAAAAACGGCUACUGUAAGGCUAUUAAUAGUUGUGAGGAAGGCAGCUACGAGCAAAAAAGGGUUCGAUGGGGAUGUUUAUACGAAUGAAAUUGUCGAACACUGAUCAUUCAUCCCACAGAGGAAACUUGUACUUAGGAAAGUUGUUCUAAAAUAACACUGCAUUUUCGAUUUCAAACUUUAAUUUUGUCAGUUACUUUUAUAUUAUCUUUAAAUUUCUCUAAACUCAAAACCUAUUUACUAGGUGGCUUAAACGAAUUUUACCACUUUCCGUUACGUUUGUAGUGGCCAGCAAUGUAGUUAAUUAUCAAACGUGCAGAAAGAAUCGGCCGUUUGCCCCUAAAAAGCACAGGCCUGUCACCUUGAGAAUCUUGAGAGCAACUGUCAUGAACUGUAAUUCAAGAAAGCUUAACAAUUAGUUUUGCUCUAUUUUUGCCUUUUAUUACCAAAGAGCCAGGCUGUCACUUGAGAAUGAACUACUUGACGAUGAAACCGACCGAGAUGGUGGAUCUACUGCUGUCAUUAAAACGAAAGAGUCUGUUGCUGAUGGUGAGGGAAGUGGUGACGAAAGCAAGACUAAUGUCAAACAGGAAAUGGUACCCAGGCCCCCUGCCCUACAAACACCAGCCAAACCAAAACCAAAACAGAUGAUAAAUAACACCAAGCCGUCUUCUCUAGUAAAAUCCAAGAAACGAACUGAGGUUCCCGCUCUGAAGAAACUACCUCAAGAAGUAAAGAAGAUCGUAGCACCGAAACUUCCCGAGACUGACAAGCGUUUCACAAAAAUGAUUGGCUCGAGUGUGGCUUGCCGUUUGGCUGGCAAUAAGGAUUUGGUAAAUGGGAACUUGAGAUGGGUGGGGCACUUACCCCAAUUGCCACUUGACAAUGCACACCUCAUAGCCGGAGUCGAGCUGCUAACUGAUAAUAAACUUGGAACUGACGGUACGUAUAGGGGAGUACGCUACUUCAAAAGCUCUCCAAAACGAGGCUACUUCUUCAAGCUGAAGGACUGCAAAGCUGUCAAACAUUAA